AUGGCCGACAAGGAGGCGUUCGUCUACAUUGUCGACGUCGGGUCGACCACGUCAAAUUGCAACAAUGGCAGGACCGAGUCUGACUUGGACUUCAGCAUGCGCUACGUCUGGGACAGGAUCGCCACCACCGCACAGGCAUCACGAAAGACCUGGAAUGUCGGCGUCGUUGGCUUGCGAACGGAUGAGACCCAGAACGAUUACCAAGAUGGCGACGGCUACAACAACAUCUCAGUCCUGAAGAAGCUCGGGCCUGUCGUGCUGUCCCAGAUGAAGGAGCUCACACACCUCAUCAAGCCAAGCAACACAGAAUUUGGCGAUGCCAUGUCUGCUAUCAUUGUCGCCGCCGAGAUGAUCGGAGAGUUGACCAAAAAGCUCAAGUACACCCGACGGAUAUACCUCGUCACCGAUGGUCAAGGGCCGAUUGAUGGAGACGAUGUGGAACAGAUCUCCAAUCGCCUCAAUGAGCUCGACAUAGAGCUUAUUGUGCUAGGUGUUGACUUUGACGACGCCGAGUACGGCUUCAAAGAGGAAGACAAGCCCCAGUUAAAGGCUACCAACGAGGCUAUCCUCAAGUCAUUAGUGGACAAGUGCAACAAUGGAACAUUCGGCACCGUCGCCGAGGCUGUAGAAGAACUUGACACCCCAAGGGUCAAGCCUGUCAGGCUGGUCAAGAGCUACGACGGGCCCCUUACCCUGGGGAACCCCGAACAGUUCGCGAGUGCCACAAGCAUCAAUGUCGAGCGAUGGCCAGUGACCAAGGUCAACAGACCCGCUGCAGCUACGACGGUGACACUGAAGUCAGAGUCUGCUGCAACACAAUCAACGCACACUCUGGACGAUGAGAUGGACGGAGUCGAGUACGAUGACCCGCAAUUCAAUUCAGUGAAGCAGCACCGGACCUACAAAAUCAACGAUCCAAGCGCUCCCGGUGGGAAGAGAGAUGUUGAAUUUGAGGAACUCAACAGGGGGUGGGCUUAUGGAAGCACGGCCGUGUUCAUCCCUGACUACGACAAGGAACUUACCAGCCUCGAAGCCGUCAAGGGUUUCUCUAUCAUGGGCUUCGUCAACAUGAACAAGGUCGAGCCAUUCCUCACCUUGGGCGAGACCUCCGUCACCGUUGCCCGGUCUUAUGAUGAGGAAUCGAAACUCGCUCUCUCAGCACUCGUUCGUGCUCUUUACGAAUCGGAGACAUAUGCCAUUGCAAGGCUCGUUUCCAAAGACAACAAGGACCCGGUCAUACUUUUGAUGCGGCCAAGCAUUGAGCUCGACUUUGAGUGCCUGUACGACGCACCUCUACCCUUUGCGGAAGAUGUACGGUCUUAUCGUUUCCCGCCGUUGGACAAGGUCGUCACGAUCACUGGAAAGGUCCUCACUGAGCAUCCCCGUCUACUUCCAGAUGACAAGCUCAAACAGGCGAUGAGUGAUUAUGUUGACACCAUGGACAUCUCGGAAUUUGGUCACGACGAAGAAGGGAACCCAGCCGAAUAUGCUCCUCUUGAAGAUCUGUACUCUCCGAUUAUACAUCGGGUCAACCAGGCCGUUCGAGCUCGUGCUGUGGUGCCAGAAGGCAACAUCGCUGCGGUCCCUGACAUUCUCAAGAAAUACUCUGAGCCUCCUGAGAUUUUGAUCAAACAGGCCAGGCCACAAAUAGAUGCGUUGAAAAAGGUGGCAGAUUUGAAGAAAGUGCCCCCCAAAGCACAGGGCAAAUACAAGAGAGGCGCGGCGAAACCUGAAAGUGGUCGUGUUGUGGAAGCUGCUAUUGACCCACUGGAAAUGCUCAGAGCCGGGGAAGAGGAAGUGGCCAGGUUGAAGCAAGGGAAACCAAAGAUCGACAAGGACAACUCUAUCCCAAAAUUCAAGCAGUUGAUCCAGCGAUUAGACGAGGUCGACGACGACAAGGGUAUUGAAGAAGCGACCAGAGACAUGGGUGACGUCGUGCGAUCCUUGAUCAAGGAAAGCAUGGGAGACAAGAACUAUGACCGAGCGAUUGAGAACAUCGGGGUCCUGAGAGAUACUUGCAUCGGUCUCGAAGUGCCUGACCUUUACAACAAUUUCUUGAGGGAUCUGAAGAAGAAGAUCUUCUCGGAUGCGCUCGGCACAGGGCGCAAAGAGAUGUGGGGAAAACUCAGGCUGACUGGCAAACUUGGACUUAUCACCAAGAGCGAAUCCGAAGUAUCAAACAUCACGGAGGACGAGGCAAAGCAGCUUUGGUCAACGCACAAGUAA